AAAAUUUCACUCUAUUGAACAGUAGCAUCGGUCCAUUCAUCAUACGUCAAAUGUCCAAUGGAAAUGCCGAGAGAGUAGGAGGGCCAGCAAUGAUAUUUCUGCCUUCUGAUUCAACUCUAGAGCUUACUAACCUCAUCGCUCAAACAAAGACCGGAGUUGCCCUUACCGGAAGUGCAGCCAUGGGGAAGAUUGGACCAACAAUUGGUUUGGUUGAUCUCGCUGAAUUCGAUGACUCAUACUAUUUCCGUGUUUCACUGCCCGGUGUUUCAACAAAUGAAGAUGAGUUUACCUGCGAAAUCGAUCCGAACGGUAAGAUUCUGAUAACGGGAGUAACAACAACAGGGGAGGAGACAGUGCGCGUACACAAUCAAGUCUUCAAGAUGCUAUCACAAAACUUAUGCCCUCCAGGCCCCUUCACCAUCUCUUUCCAGCUUCCGGGUCCUGUGAGCAACAAAGAUAUUAGGGGUAAAUUCGGGUCUGAUGGUGUACUUGAGGGUAUAGUGAAGAAGCUUAACUAUGAAGACCGAACAGAACAACCAAUGGAGAUGGAUUUGUUGAGUUUAAUAAAGUAAACUAGUAGCUUAACUUGGAUCAUUGCAGCUUAUGUAGUAUUUUAUUUUUGUUGUAAGUUAACAUGGAGAAAGAUUGUUGAUUGGUUUAUGCUUUUGGAGAAAAAGUUCCAAGUAUUUGGUACUUAAUAUGUAUGAAAAAAAUAUUUAGUAUAAUAAAAGUGGAUUAUCGAC